AGAUGACUCCGACGACGAAUAUUCUCGCCGCCGGCAUAAACAUCACAAGAAAUCAACUAGUUCCAAGCAGCGCUCUUCCGCCUCUAAAGAACAAGAAGAUUCUAGCUCAGAUUCUCCUUUACCCUCUAAAAAACACAAAAAACAAGAUUCAGAUUAUUCUCGGACAAGUUUAUAUAUUAAGAAACCUGACUCGGAAAAUUUUAAAAUUUACUAUAAACACACCAAUGAAUCGGUCAAUCAUGAAAUAAUAGGGUCCCAAUCGCCCUCAACAUCUAUCAAAACAAUUAACAACAAAG